AUGUCGUUUGGAGCGUCGGCGUUCCCGGCGUCCCUGUCGGGCACCGCGGCCGUGGUGGGGGUGCCCCCGGCGUCGACACCGACGCCUCGGCCGAGAAACGCGUCCUCGUUGUCGGCGCCGUCGUCCUCGGCUCUUCUUCCCGUGGCGGUGUCGGGGGUGGGCGACCGUUCACGAGGUGCGGUGGCUCGCCGGGCGGGUGAGGGUGUUCGAGUGCUUCCGCCGCCACCGCCGCCGGCGGUGGUGGCGCCGAGCGUAGAGGUUGCGGCAGGCGACAGGCAAGAGGGAGCGGGGGCGGCGGCGGCGGCAGCGGUUGUGCCGGUUUCGGGGUCCGUUGCCGGCAAAGCGAGCUCGGCGAAGAAACUGGUGUACCUGGAAGGAGGACACUCGGUGUACACGUGCUCCAUGUGCCGCGCCCACCUUGCAACCCGCGAUCACGUAGUCUCGGAGUGUUUCCACGGGCACGGUGGGCGAGCGUUUCUGUUCGAGCGCUGCGUGAACGUCUCCACUGGGCGGCCGGAGGACCGUCUCCUCCUCACCGGAAUGCACGUUGUUGCCGACAUCUCUUGCAAGGCGUGUGGCGCGGAGCUAGGGUGGAAAUACGAGGAAGCCGCCGACAAAAGCCAGAAGUACAAGGAGGGCAAGUUUAUCCUGGAGAGGUGCGCAGUGACCCUGGAAGGCCGUAGCGGCGACGGCUACUACGGGUCGUCGUCGUCCGGGCGGUUCGGCGGGGCGGAGCAGCGCUGCGGGUCGAGCAGCAUCAUCGGGUGGGGUGCCGACAACGCCCCGUUCGCUGGCGGUGGUAGCCGCUGGUAAAAAGCGGACCACGGGCGCCAAGCUCGCGGGAGAAAACAGAGGGAAGCAAAAAUCACCACCGGCCACGGCUCUGCCCUCCGAUGGCGGGACGAGCGGGUGGCUGUCCCGUGGGGUGACUGUUCGCACACACACACACACCCUGUGGAUAUUUGCGUGCCUCCUUGUACGUAAAACACCCGUUCCACCGCGGCUGCAAAGCGGCAUGUCUUGCUCGACCGGAGAACGCUCCCGCAGCUGAAACUACCGAUUUACCCCCCACGGGUGGUUGUCGUGCCUGGUUACGAUAUGCCUGUCUGCAGGCCUGCAAUGUUGUUUGUCCGAAGCUUUUUUUUGUCCAUUUUUUGUUGUGCAGAUUCUUGUCGGGACGACUACGUAGGCUCGGGACCCCCCCCCCCCUCUCCAGUGCUCAUUGGCGGAACCCCCCCUUCCCCCGAGAUACAGAUCACAUUAUGCAGCCCUUCGCGCUGUUAGCUGUUCUCGGGACCCAAGAGACUGUAGCUGCUCUCCACCGUCGUCAUCGUAUGCGCUUGUUGUGCCGAGGCGACAUCGAACUCGUAUCGCUGUGCUCGGGGAUAUGCCCCCAACACUUUGAUGGUGGAAACAAGUACACGUUUCGUUUUGUCCUUCAUUCGAGGAGAGGUGGGGGGAAAAUCUCGGGGGAAACCGAUGAAGGCGAUAUCGGAGCCGGCGUUUGUGUUAGUUUUCAGAGUCCCACGUCCAUGUACCAUGCGUUGUUCGAAGUCCAUGGUCGAUUCGAGCGAAGCAGCAGUCACGUUUGAUUGCCCCGCGUUUUUCUUUCCCCCGCCCAUUAGGCACACGCGUUCGUUGAGGUGUGUGUUUGCCGUGGUCGCUGCCGAGUGCAUGACAUUUCGACGGACUGGACUGGAUGGCCGACCACCAAGAGCAGCGGGAAAAAAAAACAAACGACGAGCCCCUCUUUUUUACCGGCCCAAGAGCAUGUUUUUACGCCGGGUAUAUGUAUUUUUUUCGUUUGUUUGUGUGCCGUAAGGAUGGCUUGGCUGGUCGUGCGUACCUCGCCACAUGGGGAAGAGAAGGGAAGCCGUCACGCUCCACAGGUGUUGUGCAGAUGAGAGAGGCGUUGAAGAGAGGGGGGGGGGGAGGAAGCUGGGGGUAUGCCCGCUUCAGAGUGUGAAUGGAUGGAUAGGCGGGCCGCAAGGGGAAUACAGAUGGUUGGAUGGAUCAGCCCCCACCUAAAGAGGGAGGGAGGUCUAAGGGGCGUCCAUGUCUUGCCGAGGAGGAGCAAUGCCGGCGCUUCCAAGAGACUGUCCGCUCCCUGGGUGGUUGGUACCUUCCUUGCGCGGCGUUUCUUGUGGCGGCGGAACAUUGUCCACCCCGCGCGCUGACCCCCGGGCCAAUGAGAAGUCUAGUUAGACGAGUGCGUUGUUACGGAACGCGCUUCCGGGACUUGUGAAUAGUAUGUGUCCCCGCUGCCUCUGUUGUGUAUUAUUUUUCUCGGUAGUGAUUCAUGCCGUUUUACCUUGUUUUCAUCAGGCCGAGCCAUCUGAACAAUUGGUUGGAGCGCAACACUCGGGAGGAGCGCUGCCACCUUUUUCGACGUUUUUUUUUGUUCUUUCUUCUUUUGGCCGUUGGGGAACCGUUCCCAGCUUCUUAAACGAAGCAUAUUUUGUCGAGAAGUGUGGCGAACCGGCCUGCCUGUAUUUUCCGCGUCAUGGAUUGAAUUUCCAUGCUUGCGUGUGGUUGGAAGACGUGCUUUUUAUUGUUCCUCGUCCUUCUUCGUCGGCAUGUGGGCUAGGUUUCGCGCAAACAAGCGUGGUAUGCUACGCAGCCGGGUGUAUCUAUACUCUCUUGAGUCGUGGGAGAGAGAGAGAAAAAAAAAGAGGGGAUUCGGCACCGGCAUCAGGGCCUUGCACAAGGUCUGCCGCAUCGACAGUUGACAAAGCGGCAUGUGGAGGUAGUACGCCGAGUUCGGGAGUGCUCUGUUUUUCGAGGGCACUCGCUCCUCUCUCCUUCCGCCAUGCGCGAAAGCAGCAGUAAGCGCGUCGAGAGCCGGCGUCCACAGUCGGUCUGCAUGAUGGGUGGGUGGGGAGUAAAAAAGUGUGCAUAUUUCGUCGUGGUGAGAGUAAAGAUGUACGAUAGCGAAGCUCAUGUGAUGAUCACGACGUGUACAUAUGCAAGAUCGGUGUACCUACGGCAUUAUUGAGGUUGGAGAGUUUGUGGGGGGAUGUGAUUUGCAUACGUGCGUGUUCAAGGCUUCGUGUCCAGCUUCCCGAAGCCUCCAAGCGGGGGCCCCCAUCCAGUGAUUACGACGUAGAAUCAGUUCUUUGUGUCGUCGUGUCGGUCAAUUUAUUAUUUCGUAGUCUGUCGCCGUCUCUGAGCGCGACCAUUCCCCGAAAAAGUACAUACAUACAUGAAAAACCAACGAACGCCGCAACAUUCCAGUGCCGCCUUGCUAUGUAUUAUGAAACGCUAAUUUCGGGUCAAAGUCACCCAGUUUCUUGUUUAGUCGCUACCGUCCAGCGUGUCUCUGCCGUAUAGGAUGUCGUGUAGGAUCCACCUCAAUUAUUUCUUUGUAUUUUUCAGGGAAAAAGGGUAGAGGCUCGCUUUGGAUGUUUUUUUUGGUACUUUGAUGAAUAUUUUUUCAAGAAUUGAGCCUCUUGUUCUCUAUGCAGAUUUUUCUUAGUUACAGGCGGGUACCGUAUCGUGUGGGCUUGAGUCAUUUCUUUCGUCGCUGGGGGUAUGGACGGGGGGGCGUAAUGGUUGUCGAGGGUAUCAGAGUGUAGGUUACUGGUCAAUGAACCACUUUGUCUUGAUGCAUAAAGGUAUGGAGCGUUUCAAUACUGC